AUGCGCCAAGACCGCUUCAGGGAAAAGGAGGUUAUUGAUCUCAAUUUUAAGAAGAAUCUGGUGAAAAACCUGAAAAAGAAGUUGGAACUUCUGAAGAAUGACCCAGGUUCAGAGACAGACAAAGCAAAUGUAUCAUAUUCAGAUCCAGAUAGCACGUUGAUGUCUCUGAAAACAGAAACUGUGAUUCUAUAUCAUGCAUUAUCGAGCGUUCCGUUUAGACUUGAGAAAGGGGAUGUGAUAGGAAACUCUUUGUUCGAAUCUGUUUUUAAGGAAGAGGCUAAGACCAAUGACAUGAUUAUUAAUGAUUUACAAGUAUCCAACACCUCUCACUCACCUUAUUCUUUUCUAGAACCCAGAGCAACCAAUCCAAAUAAGUUCUCAUUACCCAAUAAUGCGACUCUUCUGCGUGAUAUAAAGGAGGUGGUAACAUUGAUUUUAGAUUCCAAUGUUCAAGAGUUUUCCCCGGAGACUAGAAAUGAACUUUUAGCACUCAUUCGGGAUCUUUCACUCAAUGAAAAUAUCAAUUUGGAGGAUUACCCAAACAUAGGAGAAGGAAAUGUAAUAAUCCAUAAUCUUUUGAAUUUCAGUAUUUUAACGAAGCAAGGUUCUUUUAUUAGAUUGACAUAA